CGCGAUCAUUUCCAAGGAUAAAUCCGUAAUUCACCAUUUCUGAACCAACAUUUAAAACCCAACGUUCCCUCACCUUCCUUUCUCGCGCUCACUCCAAAAACAGAGUACACCUGUCACCACCGUAACAGAAAAAUGGCACCGCCGAAACUGAAACGUAACUUCCCUCCGAUAACUGAAUGCAACAGAACUUCUUCGUCGCAUGAAUCCGUCGCCGCCGAUCUCGAUGGAACUCUUCUCAUUUCUCGAAGCUCUUUUCCUUACUUCAUGCUUGUUGCUGUUGAAGCCGGAAGUCUCCUCCGUGGCUUCAUUCUUCUUCUCUCCCUUCCUUUUGUUAUCAUCGCUUAUCUCUUUGUUUCUGAAUCUUUCGGUAUUCAGAUGCUGAUUUUCAUCUCUUUCGCCGGUCUCAAAAUUCGUGAUAUCGAACUCGCUUCACGCGCUGUUCUUCCAAGAUUUUAUGCUGCGGAUGUGAGGAGAGAGAGUUUUGAAGUUUUUGAUCGGUGUAAGAGGAAGGUAGUGGUGACGGCGAAUCCGACGGUGAUGGUGGAUGCGUUUGUGAAGGAUUAUCUCGGCGGAGAUAAGGUUUUGGGAACGGAAAUUGAGGUGAAUCCUAAGACGAAGAAGGCGACUGGAUUUGUGAAGAAACCCGGUGUGCUUGUUGGAGAUUUGAAGCGUUUGGCGGUUGAGAAAGAGUUUGGUGAUGAAUCGCCUGAUGUUGGACUUGGAGAUCGGAAAACUGAUCAUGAUUUCAUGUCAAUAUGCAAGGAAGGGUACAUGGUACCUCCAAACAAAUCAGCAAAACCAGUUCCACAAGAGCGUCUCAAGAGCCGAAUCAUCUUCCAUGACGGCCGCUUCGUACAGCGUCCAGACCCACUAAACGCCAUUAUCACCUUUGCCUGGAUCCCCUUUGGCUUCAUCCUCUCCAUCAUCAGAGUUUACUUCAACCUCCCUCUCCCUGAACGCAUAGUUCGUUACACCUACGAAAUACUUGGCAUCAAACUGGUAAUCCGUGGCAACCGUCCUGCACCGCCUUCUCCAGGAACCCCCGGAAACCUUUAUGUCUGCAACCACCGUAGCGCCCUCGACCCCAUCGUCAUCUCCAUUGCCCUUGGCCGCAAAGUCUACUGUGUAACUUACAGUGUCAGCAAACUCUCCCGCUUCCUCUCACCAAUCCCUGCCAUCGCCCUCACCCGUGACCGUGCUGCUGAUGCAGCCCGAAUCACUGAGAUUCUCCAAAAAGGUGACCUCGUUGUGUGCCCAGAAGGCACCACCUGUCGUGAGCCUUUCUUGCUACGUUUCAGUGCUCUAUUUGCUGAGCUGAGUGAUAGGAUUGUCCCCGUAGCUGUUGAUUGCAAGCAGAACAUGUUUUAUGGGACCACUGUUCGUGGAGUCAAAUUCUGGGACCCUUAUUUCUUUUUCAUGAAUCCUAGGCCUGUUUAUGAGGUUAAUUUCCUUGACCGGUUACCAGAAGAAAUGUCGGUUAAAGCUGGUGGGAAAUCUUCAAUUGAGGUUGCUAAUCAUGUGCAGAAGGUUUUGGGGGAUGUGCUUGGAUUUGAGUGUACCAGUUUGACAAGGAAAGAUAAGUAUUUGUUGCUAGGAGGAAAUGAUGGGAAGGUGGAGUCGAUGUAUGGUGUCAAAAAGUGAAAAGCAUACCACAAAUCACCUACUUUCACCAACUAUCACUAAAAUGGUUUUUAGUUCACUAGUAAGUCAGAUUCAAGAAGAUUAAACCAUUGGAAUUUCUGAGUUUGGGGUUUGAAGGUUGGAAUUCAAGUACUAAGAUUUUCAUCCAACUUAAUUGCAGUAUUUUUGGCCAAUAACAAAUCCAGAUUCCAGCCAGAUUCCUUUUUUAGAUUCUAUAUCUAGCAUAUAUUCUCUAAGACAAUAUUCAUCUUAUAUCCCUGUUUCUUUCUCUUUUUCCUUCUUGUAACUCUUCACUUCUUUCCAUAGUAGUAAUAGUACUAUUGAAUUGAGUGAAAAUUAAUGUGGAAGUUGAGUUUUCCAGAUUACUAAGGAGAAGAUUUGAUUCUCUCCUUGUUUGGAAGAGUUAAGUAAGAGGUAUAUCUGCUUUUCUAUUAUGCAUUAGUAAAAUGUUGAUAGCAAUUGGUAUAUUUUAUGAACCCUUUGAUAUGGGAUUGUAUAAUAGAUUACCAAUGGCAAUGAUUUAAGAAUUUUGAAUGUUCCAAAAUUUGAUGCUUAUACUUUAUAUCCAUUUAAUAUCAUUAAGUCAGAUUUUUCUUUGA